UUCUCGUCUGGUGCAAAAGUAAUCAACACCAGACGUUUUCCACAAAAUUCCAUUCAUUCUGAAGUCGCGCGCGUUCGUUCAGUUCAAAAAACUGCAGACGAGAGAAUACAUGCGCUAUGUGCUCCUCUGACACAAGAUUACGAUGCAUCAUGCUGAUUGCGGCCGCAACCGCCGUAAACGGUUGUGUUGUUUACAAUCAAAAGUUAAACAUCGCGAUAGUUCUGGAUACAGCCAAAACAGUCAGCAAUGAGACUUUACAGAUUUUGAAAUCUUACUUUUCAAGAUUUGCCAGCUGCUUGAACAUUGGACCAGAUGGAAAUAGGAUUGCCAUGGCUCGUAUUAUAGAUCAACCAAGUCUGCUGUUGUCCUUUAAUGCAACAUCCACAUUGGCUGAAGUCAGAGCUGUAGUGAGUAAGAUGCAAUACAUUGGUAGCAGCCUCAAAUUCCAUACACCAGAUGCUAUGCUUUAUGCAAAUGAAUCAAUAUUUAACACUGCGGAUUCUUGGCCAAGAAAGGUUGCAACCAAUGUUUUGUUGAUCAUCAAGUUUACACCAACAUUACGCACUGAUGAUGUCAUUGUAAUAAAUAAAGAUUUCGCCAAGAAUGGCAUUCACACAUUUACAUUAACUGUUGGGGAAGUUUCUCCACCUAUCAUGAAUGCUAAACUAUGGCAUACUGAGCAUCUUCCAAAGCCUUCAGAUUUGGUAAACUUUGAUGGCUUGACACAAUCGUUGAUGCAACAGUUCCAGGGAUGCAGUCAUCACAUCAACAAUACUUGUGAGUUAUUGGGAUGUUCUGUCACAAAGAGUGAAGUAUGUAUUUGUGACAAUGGUUGGCACGGCACAUUGUGUGAAUUACAGUCAUCAGGAAACUGUACUUCAAAUUACAAGUUUGAACAAAACAGUUCAAGUUGUGUUUGUUUGAAUCCAGCAAUUUUAAUUGGAAAGGCAACUACUUGUCCGGUUAGCCCAACUUGCAACCAUACUGGUGUUCAAUGUCUUGCAAGCAAAGCUGGUUCUGAUAUUUUGUGUGGUUGUAUUUAUGGAUAUUAUGGCAAUGCAUGUGAAAGUAAACAUCGUUGUAUGAUUUUUCCCAACCCUUGCAAACAUGAUGGAGUUUGUAGGAUUGUUAGUGAUAAGGAAUAUAACUGCAGCUCUGUCUUCCCAUACUCUGGUGACCAUUGUCAACAUUGUGUUUGUCGAAAUGGAGGAAAAUGUUUAACUACAAAUGGAAGUACUUCUUGCAUGUGUAGAGCAAAUUGUACGGGCCAAUUAUGCGAAAAUUGUGCCUGUGAACAAGCAGUUUGUUAUAAUGGGGGGAUUUGUGAAAACUUACCUGGUAGCAACUACAAAUGCAAAUGUUCCAAGAACUGUGGUGGUAAAAACUGUACAGAGUGUUGGGACUUUUGUACCAAGAAUCAACAUGUUUGUCUCAAUGAAGGUACAUGUUUGGCAGUGAAGGAUAGUUAUCAAUGCAUCUGUAAAACAGGGUGUCGAGGACAGAAUUGUUCAACAUGCGAUACUCUGUGUCAACGAUAUCCAACAGUUUGUCGAAACGGUGGUGUUUGCACCAGUACAGAUCUUUAUAAUUUCAACUGCACUUGUAUAAACGGUUGUUAUGGCGUGAUUUGCCAAUGGUGCAAUUCCUGUCGCAGAAAUCCUGGUAUUUGCCAAAAUAAUGGGACGUGUGUGGAUUUGGUCAAUGAGUUUAUGUGCUCAUGUCGUGAAGGGUGUAGUGGUGUACAUUGUGAGUCUUGUCUUGACUAUUGCCAGUAUAACUUAAAUCCAUGUCAAAACAGUGGGAUUUGCCACAGCUUUGGAAGAAAUUCAUAUUCCUGCAAUUGUUCUUCAUUAUGUUAUGGUAAACACUGCCAGAAAUGCAACCAAUACUGCAGCGAAAAUCCUGGGGUUUGUAAAAAUGGAGGCUCUUGCGUUAACAUAGGCUUUAAUGGAUACAGAUGUAUUUGUUCAUCCAGUUGUACUGGUCUUAACUGUAAUACUUGUACACCAGAUUGCAUGUCUUCUGCAUGCCUCAAUGCAAGCACUUGCAAUACUAGAAUCAAUGGUAGCUGCAGUUGUGUAUGUGCUUCUGGUUGUCCUUCUUGUGAAUCAUGUGAUCCUUGUACACCAAACCCUUGUCUUAAUGAUGGUCAGUGCAUUGUAUUGAAUCCUUUAAAGAGAGAAUGCAAAUGUACAGUUGGCUACCAUGGAGUAAAUUGUAAAAAUUUCGUGCCACCAAAAAGAGAUGAAUAUUGCAAAAGUGGUCCUUGCAUUAAUGGAUGCACUUGUAACCCUUCAGAAGAACAUUCUAUGGGAUAUUAUUGCCAUGGUGAUGCUGGUUACCUUGGCAAGAAUUGUGAAAUCAAUCCUCCUAGUUUGGAAUGCUCAGCUGGCACGAUUGCUUUAGAAGUACCCGAGGAAAUUGUGACCACAAAGUAUUUGAAGGGCACAAAAGUUUAUAUAGCUGUUGGAGAUGCUGGUUUGUCUCAUCAAAAUGCUGAUCCCGUUUGUUUCAGCCAGGUUGCUACAAAUGGUAAAUACAAGAUCACAAUUCCAAUUCCUUUUCUUAACUGUAAUAACAUGAUUGCGGAUAGUCCAAAUGGUGAACGAGUUAUCUCGAACACAAUCUGGUUGAAUAAAGAAGAACCGAACAGAGCUUUCGAUGUGCCAGUUCCAAUUGGAACAUUUAAAUGCAGAUAUUCAAAGGACUAUCAAGUCAUCACUUCCUUAUCUCCAAUAGUGUCUAAUCCUUGGCCAGUAACUAAAAAGUUGAAUAGUUUUUCAUCCCGUUUGGUUUUGUGUAAGAUGCCAAUAUGUCCAAACACAUGUCCAACAUCUCAUGUUCUGGAUAACACAGCUGUAUACACCGCUGGUGAACUUAUUUAUGUUCAUAUGUACCACACAGAAGCAAUCCAGCAGAACCACUUUAGUCUUGAAACAUUAUUUCUAUCAUGUUCACCAACCAACUUCAAUAGUGGAAAAAUCAAUUUGGUUUUAAAUGGUUGUUUAGCGGGGGAGUCUGGCAAGUUACUUGACUUUAGAUUGCAACAAACCAACCCCAGUACUGUAUGCUUAUCAUUUAGAGCUCCUAUGAUGAAAGUUUGCAAAACAAUUUACAUUCAUGCUCUUGUCAAGCGAUGUAGAUAUGGAAUUAUAGAGGCAUGCCCUGGUGAUUCUGUUACUCGACGAUGUCGAGUUCCUUUAAGAGGAAAACGUUCUUUACUUCAAAAACAAAUUUGGUCCGACCAACAACACAUGAUUACCGGUCCACUGUUUGUGGUAAUGGGUUCGGAAGGUUUUUCCUCCUAUGAACUUUAACCUAGAUCGGUAUGAUAGUAAAAACUUUUCAGCCCCGGAAAGUUUGCCUUUAAUCAGUAAAGUUGAAGUUACAGAUUGGGACACAAUAUACAAAUGGGUUCUUGGCAUCAUGUGUGUUGUGAUGAUUAUAAUAUCUAUUGUUAUGGCAAUGGCUCUUGCUUUGGUAAAAAGAUUUAGAAGACCUGUUUUAAAGUAAAAUUAUUGAUAAAACCUCCAAAUAAUUAAAAAUUCAAUUCGUGUUAAUUUUCUUUGUGCAAUGUUCCAAUAAAAUUUCAUUAUGCAUACUUUA